AUGGAAGCAGCAGGCGAGGAUUUUAAUCUCCAUUGGGAGGAAGUUAACUCUCCUAAACAUGAAAACCAAACAAUUUGUGGCCUGGAAGGUGAACAAUCUGUAUCUUACUCUACUAUGGCAUCAGAAGAAAUCAUAGCUGAUACAGAUCAAAUGGCCGCAGAAAAUUUGAUGUAUUUUUCACAAGAUGUAGUUGGAUAUACAGAAACAACUGAGUUGGCGGAUGAUUUAAAUGUUGAAUGUGUAACUGAAGAAGUUAUUACUGAUGAUUGGGUCAUAGCCGGUGGACAGGAAAGAGUGGAAGUACCAUUGGAACAACUUGCCAAUACUGUGUCAGACAUUAAAGUUGAAAAUGAUAUUGAUGUACCAUUACCAACUGAUCAAGACCAGUACACAGCGAUGCGUCCCUGGCCGUGCGAUUUCUGCUCUCGGCGGUUCCGCAAGAAGGCGGCGCUGAUGAACCACAUGGUGGCGCACCAGAACGAUCGACCACACGCUUGCAACCUGUGCGGCGUCCGCUACGUACGCAAGUGCGACCUCAUGAAUCACCUGAAGGUCCACGCCUUCGUGCCCGAGCAUAGCGACACCAUCGACUAUGAUGAUGUAUUAGCUGAUAACUCUCAAUUAUUAAAACCAAAGAAAAAGAGAGGGCGACGGAAAAAAAAUCCCGAGCCUGUUGAGAACGGUGUGUGGGAGAAUAUGACGUCAGCGCGCACGCAGCAGUGGCAGCGGCGCGUGCGCACGCCGGCGCCGCGCUGCCCCUCGCCGACGUCGCCGCCGUCCCCGCCCUCUCCGCCCUCCCCGCCCUCUCCGCCCUCCCCACCCUCCCCGCCGUCCCCGCGCUCCGAGGCGUCCCCGCCGCCGCCCGCCGCGCCGCCCAGCCCGCCGCGACCAAUUGACCCCGCGCGCCCCUUCGUCUGCCGCCACUGUGGUGUCGGAUUUGCACGGGAGAAAGCCCUGCAAUCUCAUGCUAGGAUUCAUGGUGGUGACUCGCCAGUGGAGUGUGGCGAGUGUGGCGAGCUGUGCUGGUCGCGCGAGGCGCUGGCGGCGCACACCGCGCAGCGACACCCGUACGCCGCGCCGCGCCCGCGCGCCGACCCCGUCUUCCAGCCAACCGACUCCGAUGAUGACAUGGAAUACCGGCUGUCUCCACUACCACAGGACGGCGAGCGCGCUGUAUUUGACAAUGUACGAGGACCGGAACUAUUCUGCCAGGACUGUGGCGUUGCGUUCCAACGCGUAGACUUACUACGGCGGCAUGUUGCAGCAGCGCAUAGCUACAAGCGGCACGACAGCACGAGCAGCACGUGGGCGGAGGCGGAGCACACGUGCGACGUGUGCGGCGAGAGCUGCACGGACGCGCUGCAGCUGCUGGCGCACGCCGAGGGACACGCCGAGCGCCACCGCCCCGCCGCGCCCCGAUUAAAAAGAAUGGGUCGCGGUAAAAGCAACACAACAAAUUCAAAUAUUUUAAGACAAUUCCCAUGUAGAGAGUGUGGCAAGGUGUUUGGUUCUCGCAGCUCGCAGCAGAUCCACAUUAGGAUUCACACGGGCGAGCGGCCCUACGCAUGCCGUUUCUGCUGGAAGGCCUUCGCUGACGGCGGUACUCUUCGCAAACACGAGCGGAUACAUACUGGCGAGAAGCCGUACGCGUGCGCCGUGUGCCCGCGCGCGUUCAACCAGCGCGUGGUGCUGCGCGAGCACGUGCGCUCGCACCACUCCGCGCCCGACCGCCGCGCCAACGGAGGAAAUGCAUACUGCUGUGUGGUGUGUGGUCGGACUUUGCAUUCCAGUGUGGAGUUGGUGCAGCAUUUGAUACAACACUGCGAUGCUAACACCGCAUUGAAGAGACAACCACAGAGCGGGCCGCGGAAGUACAAGCGUCGACGGAAACUGAAGAGCGAAGUUGUAUCUCCGAAGCGCGAGUGGGAGGAGCCGGAGCGCGCGUCGUCCCCGUCGGGCGCGUCGCUCAUGUCGCGCGUGUCGCACGCGUCGCACGCAUCGCACGCGUCCCGCGACAGUCCCGCGCGCGCCUCGCCGCCGCGCCGCCGCCGCCGCGCGCCCGCGCCGCCCGCGCCCCGCCCCCGCAUGAUACACACCGAGGAGCCGCGCCCCCGGACCAAGCAGGUACGCAGCCGACGUCCCCCCCGGCACCCGGCGGAUGACUUGCGAGCGAUAGCGCCGCGCUCGCCGGAGCCGGAGUCGGAGCCGGAGCCGAAGCUGGAGCCGAAGCUGGAGCCGAAGCCGGAGCCGAAGGCGGAGCCGCCGGUGUCGCCAGUACUGCUGCCUUCCCCCACCUGCCCGCACUCCCCGCACUCGCCGCCCUCCCCGCACUCACCACCCUCCCCGCACUCCCCGCCCUCCCCGCAGUCGCCCGCCGGCCCCUACAAGUGCGAGAUGUGCUCGUUGGAGUUCCCGCGUCGCGAUGCGCUGCUCCUGCACGUGCCCGUUCACAUCUGA